AGUUAAUGAAACUAUUAAAUUAAACUUCCAACCUUUAAAAUAUAGGCACUUCCUGGCUGUUGCUAUGACAACCACACCACCGACAACAACAUGUCUGCUGAGGUGAAACCUCCAAAGGAGGAGAACGACGUCAGUCACAAGAAAGGAGACUUCCUGCAGUGGCAGUAUGACCCCCCACCGCACCGACGCAUCACAAAGCUGCUGCCGCGCAGCGUGGAGGAGCAGGAGGAUGAGCUGAUGAAAAUCCUGGACUUCACGAACCACGGCACCUGUAUGAAGGAGGACAUUCUCCUGGACCUGUACCUCUGUGCCUUCCUCUGGGCCAAAGAGGAGAAUUUAACCCCCACCCAGAUCUCCUUCAUCAUGGCUCUGCUGCAGAUGCUGCUGGACAACAUUCAAGAAAAACACUUGAGUCUUGUAGACAACAUGGUGGAGUUCGCUAAGGCGUUAGCUGCUGCCUGUCAGACAUCAGAGGACGAUGGACUUCUGGACGGAGAAGAGGCCAAAGAUCUCACCAGCUACGUCACGAACAAUGUGUUCCUAAAGUACAGUCUCUUCGAGUUCCUCUUGAACACGGACCAAGCUCAGUUUGUGUGCAGUGAAGAGAAAACCAUUGAGGUUCUAUAUUGUCCAGAUACUCUCACCCCUCUGGAGGAAGGAAUCCCUCUCACUACGUAUCAGCAACUUUUGGAUGAGACCCAGGAGGAGACCCAGGAGGAGACCCCAGAGACCGACACCGAGGAGGAAACCCAGGACACCGAGACCCAGGAGGAAACCUUGGAGACUGACAGUCAGUGACAUGUGGUCCUCAACAGGUCCCAGUCCAUUUAUGGGAUUCGUACAGAUUGGGGAUUGGCUUGAAAGACUAAGACCGGACCAGGAAAAGAUUCAGAGGUGGAUUCUUGGACUGGGUGUGGCUGUUGGUUUGACAGUCAUAAUCAGAUGGUCUUUAAAUUCACUCUCAUUACAGUGUUAAAUAAACAUGUUUAUUAGCAACACGUUGUCUUAAUGUUGUCAUCUUAUACCACCCAGUGGUCACAGUGAGAACAACAGUGUCUUCCUGUCUGGUGUCAGAGGAGGCAGCCUCCUGUGAGCCCACCCCCGUGUGUGCAGGGUUGCUGUGUGAUGCCUCUGGUUCCCUCUGUCGACCACAGAUGUAAUUUCACACUAAGUGUCUGUGAACUUUUUAUUUUCUCAGGAUGUCUUUAGUAACGAUGGUUCUGAUUGGUUCACCAGCUUUAGGUUCCGUUUUGACCCGUCUCUCCGUGUUUGUCCAUCUGCAGCCUCUCAGUCAGUGAUAACCGUCACUACAUGUUUUAUUAAAGAGGCUUCUGUCACAGCUGAAUCUCCAACCACAUGAACCAUCUAUCUCUCCGACUGUUUCUCCCUGCAGCUGGUUUUCAACCAAAGCCUGGGUCGUGUCUAAGGACCAGGUUGAGGAACCUCGGUUAACAGCAGGUUUGUAACUGCGUUGACGUGACUUAAAAACAUCGUAUCUUCAGUUGACAGAAAUACAGGAAAACAUGAAGGAAGACAGCCCCUGUACUGACACUCAUAUACAAUAUGAAAUACAAAUAAAACUACAGGAAUAGAAGA